AUGACGGUGUAUUUUGGAAUGCUCGACGGCUUGCUGGCUGCAGAAGAGCUUCCUGAGGAAUACCGGAACCGAUGCCAGGAUAUACUCUGUAACGACUGCGGAAAAAAGGGAUUUCUCGGUUCCACUGGCUGUAUCACAAAUGCGCCGCCUGUGGCUCGUACAACACCAGAGUUAUCAAGACCGAGGCACCAGAUUGUUCCAUGUCGAAUUAACAGGUCCGCCGACGAGGAUGUGGAUGAGGACGAGGUCGAGCCCCUUCCCGGCGCGAUCUCCUUUUGGAGGCUAUUCAACUUCGUCGAUGGCCUCGACUGGGCACUCAUGGCCGCUGGCACAGUCGCCGCCGCCGCCCACGAUGCAGCAUUCGUAGUCUACAUGCACUAA